CCCUCUCUCCCUUCCCAAAGAUCUGACUGGACUUGAAAUCCGCAACAUUUUUCUUUGCGAACGCAUGCGCUGGCGUCAGAGCGAGCAAGGGGAUGAAGCGGUUCUCGGGCAGACGUGGCUGCGGCUUCGGAGGGGGAUGGACCGUCACUCGUCUUCGUCUUUUCAGUCUCGCACAUGAUGGGCGUCCGACAGUACGCGGGAGCUGUGGGCGUGCUACUCCUCGCGAUGGGCGCCGCUGCGUGGGUGAGCUCCGUGGCGUACAGGAAGGCAGGGAGCGGCGGCUGCGGGGACGCCUUCGCCUCCUGCUACGCGCGCUCGCUCGUCUCCGCUGCCAUGAUCUGCACCGCUAGUAGUCAGUGUCGUGGUUUCAGUUACGAGAGCCUCCGCUGCGAGAUGCACAGCCGCUUCACUCCCCCGGACAACGCAUCAAGCAUUCCGUGUUAUUUCCCAGUGAGCGAAAUAUCCGGCGCUGUAGGAGACACCGCAAUGACAACCACGUCGGCGCCAUAUCCAUAUGCAGCCGUCCAGCCGUCCCUCAGCAACACGCACAUCAGGCAAGUCGGCGAGUUUUCCCGCUGCAACAACAAUGGCGCUGUUGUCGGCCUGUACAAGGAGCUACUUGGGGACUACUAUUUCAUCUGCAAAACGUCUCCCAACGACAUUCCACUGAAUACAGGCUCGACGGGGUCAUCCUGUUCGAGCUCCCCCGCGGGCUGUCUGAACACCGAGUGCAGUCCGGGCAGAGUGUUCCACGGGUACGACUGGAACCAGAGGACGGGGCCUUGCUAUGACAUCACCAGCGGCCAAGCCACAGUGGACAGGAACGACUGCUACGUGGUGUCGUUCGUUCAGGAUCUUCCCGUGGGCGCAAGCUCGUCGUGGGCGAUGUGGCGGAUCUGCGUCGGUGAUGAGUUUUUCGUCGUCACCAAGGUUGAAAUCGUGAGUAUGCUGAUUUACAGCAUUACCUGCUGCAGGGCUCAUGCCACCUAGCUUCACCUGCCCUAUCGGCUGCCUGACGAAGGAAUAGGCAACGUGUUCUCAAGCGACGCUAGGUAAUGCUCUGAUUGCAGCCCAAUGAAUGCAAAUAAGAGGCAUCAGAACACGCUAGCUGAAACGGCAGGGAGAUUUCUAGUUCAGAGAAUAUACACAUAGAUUUGUCAAGUACCGUUUCCCAUGAUUCGUCAUUGAAUCAGUCUCUGAAAUGGUGUUAUACACUAGAAACUUUUUUAUUUUUAAUCUAUACUCUUCGCUAUAUCCAUGUAUAUUUGGGAACAACUUUAAACAAUCUUCAUUGCACUUCAUCGUUAGAAAUGCCAUGCAAUAUCAAUUUCACUAAUCAUCUAUUAACUAGUUUGAUUCUCUUGCUCCCUAUAACACACUUUAAAGUUCAAUAUACCACCAUGCUCCAUAUCCUUGGUAAGCUAAGAAUGUUUAAUAUCAUAUGAAUUUAAAUGGCAUAUCUAUCAACUUCGGAUUCUUCAUUUAAGCGAAGUAUCUUUUAAUUGUCUGAUAUAUCAAUAAAAUAUACUCACUAUAUUUCCUCAGAAUACUUGGAUAUGUUCGCUAUGGUAUAUUAAAUCUAUAUUAUAUCAAAUCUAUGGUAUAUCAAAUCUAUAUUAUAUUAAAUCU